AAUAAUACCUGUGUUAGGUGAAGCUACGAUUGCAAAUAGUCCUCAACUAACAUUGACUGGAAUACCGAUACAACCUUACAAUUACUUUAUAAUUUUUGGUUUUUUUGACUUGUUAGGAUAUUCACAGAGUUUCAUACACACUGCUCAUCUUUGGGGCUUUUACAUUUUUGGGUUCUUUUUAUGUUUGACAUUCUUUCUGUGAUAUUGGUGGAGAAGGCGAGGAGACGAGGAGACGAAAAUGGCGAGUACCAUCGGUUUGGAUCUGGGCAAUGUGCCGUCUCUCGACCUCAUGACCGAGCUGCUUCGCCGAAUGAAAUGUUCCAGCAAGCCUGAUAAACGCCUCAUUUUAGUCGGUCCUCCUGGAUCAGGGAAAGGCACUCAAUCACCAUUUAUCAAAGAUGAAUAUUGCUUAUGUCACUUGGCAACUGGUGAUAUGCUAAGAGCAGCUGUAUCUGCCAAAACUCCAUUGGGCAUAAAAGCUAAGGAGGCCAUGGAUAAGGGAGAGCUUGUCUCUGAUGAUCUGGUUGUUGGCAUUAUUGAUGAAGCUAUAAAAAAACCUUCAUGCCAGAAGGGCUUUAUUCUUGAUGGUUUUCCUCGUACAGUUGUUCAAGCUCAGAAGCUUGAUGAGAUGUUGGAAAAGCAAGGGACUAAGAUUGAUAAAGUACUGGAUUUCGCUAUUGAUGAUGCAAUUCUGGAGGAACGGAUAACUGGUCGUUGGAUGCAUCCAGCCAGUGGACGAUCAUAUCACACAAAAUUUGCCCCUCCAAAAGUUCCCGGCAUUGAUGAUGUCACAGGGGAGCCAUUGAUUCAACGGAAGGAUGAUAAUGCAGAAGUUCUCAAGUCAAGGCUGGAAGCAUUUCACAGACAAACACAGCCUGUUAUUGAUUAUUAUGUGCAAAAGGGCAUUGUUAAUAAGCUUCACGCUGACAAACCUGCUAAGGAAGUUGCCGCAGAGAUUCAGAAAGCACUUUCAUAGGAGUGAAUGAGCUAUUGUAGUAGCCUCCGAAGUCUUUUUUGAGUUAAGAUUCAAAGAUUUUAUCUCAUGAUUCUGGCACAUUGUCAGAUCGGCCAUAAGGUUUUUCCAUGCACUCUUUUAAUUGAAGUUCUUCUCUUCCUCUCUUGGUAUUUAAUGUCCCAGAUAUUUUUGAUUCCACUACAGAUUUCUCAAUAUCCAUCCUACAAGCUGAUCUUUUUUUUUUAAUGUAUGGGGAAAAAAACUCAGCAUGUUGAGAAUGCUGUGCAUCAAAUCAGUAAUCAACUUCCAUAAAUAAGAGUUUUCUUAGAGUGUUUGUGGGAGCUGA